GAUUGGCAGUCAGCGGCGGCGGGGUGAAGGCGGCGGCGGCGGCGGGUAGUCGGGCGGCCGAGGAGUCCGGCGCCCUGAGGCCAUGUCCACCCUGACCCACAGGACCCGGCGGGCUGAGGCGGCGGCGGCGGCGGCCCGGGACGCCGAGCGCUGGCGGGACGGGCCGGAGGACGAGGAGAGGCAGCGGCUGGAGGACGGGGAGGAUCCGGGCGACGCCAAGGAGCUGCGGCUGACGCUGAUGGAGGAGGUGCUGCUGCUCGGCAUCAAGGACCGGGAGGGUUACACCUCGUUCUGGAACGACUGCAUCUCUGCCGGUCUGCGCGGCUGCAUCUUGGUGGAGCUGGCGCUGAGGGGGCGCAUCCAGCUAGAGCCCGCAACCAUGCGCCGGAAGAGCCUGUUGAACCGUAAGGUCCUCUUCAAAUCCGAUGCCCCGACUGGUGAUGUCCUCUUGGACGAAGCCUUGAAGCACAUCAAAGCCACCGAGCCCACCGAGACGGUCCAGAGCUGGAUUGAGCUGCUCACAGGAGAAACGUGGAACCCCCUGAAGCUGAACUACCAGAUCCGUAACGUUCGCGAGCGCUUGGCCAAGAGUCUGGUGGAGAAGGGCGUGCUGACCACCGAGAAGCAGAACUUCCUGCUCUUCGACAUGACCACCCACCCGGUGACCAACGACACGCUGAAGCAGCGCCUCAUCAAGAAGCUCCAGGACGCUUUCCUCGACCGGUGGGUGAAGGAGCCCCAGCGCAUGGACAAGCGGCUGCUGGCGCUGGUCCUCCUGGCCCACAGCUCAGACGUUUUGGAGAACGCCUUUGUCCCACUCCUGGACGAGCAGUACGACCUGGCCACCAGCCGGUCGCGGGAGCUGCUGGAACUCAACCCGGACGUGGAGUGCGCAAAGUCAAACGGCAGUGAGAUGAUCUGGGCCGUCAUGGCUGCUUUUACCAAGUAACACUCUCAACAAUCCUUUCCUUUCCUUUUGAACGAUGGGAAUCUUGCUGGUUGAGGGAACAAUCUAAUAGUGCAGUGUUUCUCCGUACUCCCUUGCCCUCCCUUCCCUCUCUCUUAGAUCCUGCAUCUUCCCAUUUGCCUCUUCUCCCCUGACCAAUAAGAGGGUGACCCAGGUGCAACUGGGCACCCUGACUCUGAAUUUACUUCCCCCCCCCCCCCCCCCAAUCC